CCAUUUGUGUUAUCAAAGCUUCAAUCUUUAAAAACAUGGUUGUUAUGGUUUCUCGCUCCGGCAGACAUUUACAACGUUACAACAAACAAGGUCGCCGCCUUGUUGUCGGGUGUAUACCUUACAGAUAUAAAACGGGUGAUGAUCAAGUUGAAGUUCUUGUUAUAAGUUCUCAAAGACAGGGUAAAGGAAUGUUAUUUCCAAAGGGUGGUUGGGAAGCCGAUGAAUCAAUCAAAGAUGCGGCCGAGAGAGAGUCAUUUGAAGAAGCCGGCGUAACCGGCAUUGUUCAGAGAAAAUUGGGGAAAUGGACAUUCAAGAGUAAAAGGCAUGAGACAGAUUAUGAAGGUUACAUGUUUCCUUUACUAGUGAAGCAACAACUAGACUUGUGGCCAGAAAUUGAAUUUCGACAAAGAAUUUGGAUGAGCAUCUCCGAAGCAAGACAAGCGUGCCAACAUGUGUGGAUGCAAGAAGCUUUGGAUAAAUUAGAGCGUCGACUAGAAACAAGACCUAAAACGGAUGAUCGAGACCUAAACAUCUCUAGGGUCGGUCAAAUAUGUAUAUAAUAUCGAAUAAAUGUAAAGAGAAUCACCGUUGAUACACUUAACUGGAAAAGGCUGAAAUUGCGUAAAUGUUUUAACUCAUUCUAUUUUAUAUUUUUAUUGAGGGUGCAAGAACAA